UAUCGUUGUACUUUCAGUAAUUUUUACUGCAGUUUAAUUGCCAUACCACUGAUACACAGUGCGCCAUGUUGUCUACGAUCUACGCAAUUCUGGUUACCCUCUGCCUCCUUCUGGCAUGUAGGCCUACCUCAGUGCGAGCGCAACGGCUAAAACGUCGGUCUCUCGAUCCAUCUUGCUCUCUCCAACUGGCCGAUGACACCCUACCUAGCCGUAACCAUGACGAUGUUGUGGCUGCGGCAGCUAAAUGGGCCCCAAUGGUGAAUUUAGCCGAUGGAGAAGAAUGGCGUCCCUCAAGCGUUGACUUCUUCUUAAAUGAAGUUAACUUACGUGGAGGAACACCAACAGAUGUAACGUCGGCAACGCUCCCCGUGUGUAACGACGACUGCUAUCUAGAAACCAAAGUGGGACUGUCCUGUGCUUCGUGCAGAGAUCCCCCGGUAUUUCGUGGCCAAGACCCCGCAGUCGCCCCGGUGUAUGCCAUCUACGAGGAGACAAACAACACUGUGAGCAUAACCUACUGGUUUUUCUACCCCUACAACCGUGGGAAAAGGGUCUGCAUUGGUUACUAUGUGGAUGUGUGUUGUGGUGAGGUAUGGGGACGUUGUUUGUGUGGUAGGAUAAGCACCUGUAUUGGCGGAUACUCCACUUUUGGGCACCAUGUUGGAGACUGGGAACGGGUCGUAAUAACAUUCAAGGAUGACAAACUGUACUCGAUAUAUCUCUAUAUCCAUGGAUCAGAAGCUACUGCACAGUUUGGCGGAGAAUUCAUUUGGGACGGGCAAAGCUUCAAACAAGGUUCACGCACCGUGUCGCUGACCGAAUGCAGCCACCCGGUGAUUUACUCGGCAAAGGGUUCCCACGGUUCCUGGCCAGAACCCGGGGAGCACGUGUACAAGGAUAUCAUCAUGGAUAAGCUGGUCGACUCUUGCAGCGACGGCCAGGAUUGGCAAACCUGGAACAACCUGAAGGUUGUCAAGAACACCGGUGCUCCCUUCACUGGCGAGUUCAGCUUCCUGAACUUCAAAGGCCGCUGGGGAAAUAGAGAGUCUGAAUGCACACUUCGGACAAUCGGGAUCGAUCAGUGCAUCUUGAGUAACGGUCCCACGGGUCCACUGAAUUAAUAGAGCGGUUUGAUGCAUCGCCCUGUCUUCUCAAUAGUCUCCUAUAUGCUUGUACUAAUUAAUGAACGGAUUAUUGAAAUG